GAGUGCAUUGAUUAUAAUAAGAAUCAGUAUAGCUGUUAGAAAGAGAGUAUUGUAGGUUCAGCUAACGUAACUGAUUUUGUGUUAGCAUUGGUUUACUCUUAGUCUGAUGACUGAGAAUAUGAAACUCAUUUGAGGUUUGAUUAUUGAUGGUGUGAAAUUUUCUGCAAAACUCAGCCAUGCCUGGAUUGAUGAGCGUGGCCGAGUUCGUGACAGAAACUCGUGAGGAUUAUAACUCACCGACAACGUCGACUUUUGUUGGUAAAAUGCCUCAAUGUCGUCAAACCAUAGGAUCCCUCGAGGAGACAUUGGACUUUGAUCGGGAUGGUUUGACAAAGAUGAAAAAGGCUGUCAAGGCAAUAUAUAAUAGUGGGAAUGCUCACGUAGACAAUGAAAUCUAUCUGUCAAAAGCACUUGAGCGACUAGGAGCCAAUGCAAACAUUAAAGACCAGGAACAUGAUAUAGGUGCAGCAUUUAUAAACUUCUCCAUUGUGACCAAAGAGCUUUCACAGUUAAUGAAGAUUCUGAUGCAAAACUUGAACAACAUCAUUAUGUUUCCAGUAGACAGUCUGCUCAAAGGAGACCUUCGAGGUGUUAAAGGAGAUUUAAAAAGGCCUUUUGAUAAAGCAUGGAGAGAUUAUGAAGCAAAAAUGACAAAAAUAGAGAAAGAGAAGAAACAACAAGCUAAAGAAGUAGGUCUCAUUAGAACAGAAAUUUCACCAGCAGAGGUAGCUGAUGACAUGGAAAAGGAAAGACGAGUUUUUCAGCUUCAGAUGUGUGAAUACCUUAUUAAAGUGAAUGAAAUCAAAACAAAAAAGGGAGUGGAGCUUCUGCAGCAUCUAGUUGAAUACUAUCAUGCACAAAAUAACUUUUUUCAAGAUGGACUUAAAACUAUUGAGCACUUUAGUGGCUACAUUAAGGAGUUAGCGACUAAACUACAAAAGAUUCGACAGAAACAAGAUGAAGAAAGAAAGAAGUUAAUUGAACUUCGCAACCUUCUGCGAUGUUCCCCAUCACUGGAUGGAAGAGAGCAAGUUGGAGCAACACAAUCUGGCUAUACACUUCAUCAGCUUCAGGGAAAUAAACACUAUGGUUAUACUAAAACAGGUUAUCUUAACAAGAAGUCUGAUGGAAAGAUGAGGAAGGUGUGGCAAAAACGGAAAUGUGAGACUCGAGAUGGCUAUCUUUUUAUCUACCACUCAGAUGAAACCAAAGCUCCCACCAAACUCAAUUUACUUACCUGCCAAGUAAAAACAGUGGUUGAUGAAAAGAAGAGUUUUGACCUUAUAUCUUAUAACAGAACAUACCACUUUCAAGCCGAAGAUGAUGUUGAAAUGGAUGCUUGGAUGUCAGUUUUGGUUAAUUGUAAAGAGGGAGCACUACGGAAAGCUUUUGAUGACUCUGGGCAGCCAAAUGGAGACAAAUUAAAUCAUAGUCUUUUAGAACUUCAACAGAGUAUUAUUCGACAAAUACAGCGACUGCCAGGCAAUGAUCGGUGCUGUGACUGUAAUUCAACAAAAGAUCCAACAUGGUUAUCCACAAAUUUUGGGAUUCUUACGUGUAUUGAAUGCUCAGGAAUUCAUCGGGAUCUAGGAGUUCACAUUUCAAGAAUUCAGUCACUGACACUUGAUAACAUAGGAACAUCUCAGCUGUUGCUAGCCAGGGUAAUGAGUAAUGCAGGGUUUAAUGAUGUGAUGGAAGCAACACUAAAUCAUGUCAGAAAGCCUUCUUCUGAUAGUUCAAUGGAAGAAAGGUGUGACUUUAUUCGAGCAAAGUAUGUAGAAAAGAAGUUUGCCAUUAGGACAUGUACAGACGAAAAAGAUCUUAGAAAUGAUCUUGAAAUUGCUGUCACAUCAAGACAUUUGUAUCAGCUUCUUCAGGCAUUUGUGGAAGGAGCUGACCUCACAUGGGUGCUUCCAAAUAGUAAAACAGGUGAAACUAGUCUACAUGUUGCUGUUACUCAGGAAGAUGGAACAUCUCUCCAUGUAGUUGAUUUUCUUGUACAAAAUAGUACCAGUAUAGACAAACAGACCAAGCAUGGCAAUACACCCUUACAUGUCAGCACUUUACAAAACCAAACUGAAUGUAUGAAACUACUUUUGAGAUGUGGGGCCAAUCCACAGAUAGAAAACUCUGAAGGAAAAACUCCACUGGAUAUAGCCAGAGAAAAGAAAUUUCACACUUGUGUAGAACUGCUUGAACAUGCUCUUCAAAACAAGAAAACUAUGUUUGAAAAUGUGAACAUCGAUUGGCGUUUAACACAUGAAGAUGGCUCUACUGAUCUAAGUGAUGAAGAUGGUGCUGAUGAAAAGUAUCAGUUGUUUACCACGGGUUCUUUUAAACACUUGGUUAAUGGGACAAGCAGGCUAGACAACUACAUCAGAAAAUUCUCUCUUUCUGCACUUGAACAAAGAAACUUUGGAGAAAGAGUCAUACUCACUCCAUUGGGUAACCAAACUACUCCUGAAAGACGAUGUCAUUCUCGACCUUCCAGUGUUAUAGGGAAUGACUCCCCACCCAAAAUAUCUGCACUGGUAUGUGAGGGGCCAAAACAAAGUCCAGUACCUGCACCACGUAUCAUGCCUCCACCACCCCCACCCCAAAGACAAAAAACCUGUGGUUCCAGGAUUGAACUCUAAUGGCAGUAUGAAGAAAAGAGCUGCUCCCCCUCCUCCUAGUCUCGCUUCAGGUACCGUUUGCCACACUCGUACUCCUUCUGAUCCAGGUCUUUCCCAGUCUCCAUCAAGUGCAGUACACAAACG